AUGCCAGCUCGCGCAACGAAGCGGAAGAAGCUUUCGGCCGUCACCAGCAUGCCCUCCAUUGGGGACCACCACACAGCAUUCACCACCUGGUCUCGGAAUCGUGGCGUCGAGAUAUGCAAUGUUGCUCCUGCAAAGCUACCCGGCAAAGGCUUAGGUCUCGUAACAACAAAGAAGAUCUCCAAGGACGAAAGACUGCUCUUCGUGCCCGAGAAAGCCAUGUUCAAACCCGACCUUGCUCUGCUGAAGAAAGCGAAAUUAUCUCAUGCUUCGCCGCAAGCUCAAUUGGCAUACUCUGCCAUGAUGGCUUGUCAGAACGGGAACGAAGGACUACGAGUCUGGCGAGCUACAUGGCCUACGGAUGAGGACUUCGAGCACUCUUUACCAAUGCGGUGGCCAAAGAAAUUGAGAGAGCACCUGCCUCCUUCUAUUGAUCAGCCCCUACGAAGACAGGAAGAGGACUACGCUAAGGAUCUGGCGGCUGUACGAGCGAGUCACGACUCUAGUAGAUACUUCGACGAGGAUGAGUUCCGGUACUGUUGGUCGAUUGUGAAUAGUCGGUCAUUUCACUGGAAGCCAGCGAGGAAGGGCAGCGCUGGGUGUAUGGUCAUGUGUCCGUUCAUUGACUACUUGAAUCAUGGAUCGAGUGGGACUUCUUGUAAUAUUGUCCAAAGGCCGCAUGGGUAUGAGGUCUUAGCUGAACGGGAUUAUGAAAAUGGUGAAGAAGUCCUAGCGACCUACGGCGCUCACACCAACGACAAACUUCUCGUACACUAUGGCUUCGUACUACCCAGCAAUCCCAACACUCCCAACAUUGACGAUGACAUUCGCCUCGACCACAUCCUUUUACCGGCUUUGACAGAAACCGUCAGCUCUCAAUUGCAAGACACGGGCUUUCUGGGUGGUUAUGCACUCCUCCCCGCCUCGAACGAACUCUGUUUCAAGACCCAAGUUGCUGUGCGAGCUAUGCUGCUGACGUGUAAUGAGUGGGAGUAUUUUGUUAGUAGUGGUGAGGAUCUUGCUCGGGAUGAGACGGCUGCUGUGUUGAGGUUUAUGCGGCCGUUGUUGGUGAAGUAUAGGGAUGAUGCGCGGCAGAAGCUUGAGAUUCUUGGUGGGAACGAUGUCGCUAGUGGUGGGCUGGAAAAUGAAGUCGGAAUUUUGAGGACGAGGUGGAAGCAGAUUGUGGACGGGCUCGAUGUGUUCUUGGCUGAGUGA